GUUACUUAGACCAACAGGAUGUUGGAAUUUUAGGAUAUAAUUUUUUUAAUAUACUGUUUACUAUCAAAUAAAAAUAAUCAGUCUCAUUAGUCAAUAAAUCAAACUUAGGAGCAGGUAACCCUUAUCGUCUGGCUAGUAGAGGUGACAGAUUUGAUUUUCAAUUUGCUAGUUAAAUCCAUAAGGUUAUGAGAUUAAAAUUACCGGUUUACAUUGUAUAUUUAAUUACAAAUUUUAUGUAAUAUUUUUAAAAAUUCACGUGAUAUUUAAUUAAAAAAAUCGUGUGACUGAACUGUCAAUUUUAAUUAAAUAUCUUCAAUUUUUCACAUUGAGUGUUUCCACUCCGCACACUAUCCCGUGUAUAAUUUAGACUCAAAUCGUCUUUAUAAUGCGCUAACCUUAUCCUCUUAAUUAUAUUAAUGGUAACAAGUCAUUCAAGUCCACCUGGCCACAAAUAAUCGUGCGGGUUUGCAAAACCAAAGGGCGACUUCAAAGUAUCUAUGGACUGAAAAAUGGUCCAGGCCUCAACUAUAUAUUCUUGGCCAUCACGAUGUAAGCAAACAUUAUCUACCAUCAACUCAACACAGAAAUCUUAUUCAGGAAAUAACAGCCUCACUUAUUAUAGGAAGAUUAUUUUCCAUCAUAGCAAUAAACCGUUGUUCAAGAAAUAGUGGUGUCCUAAUUAAUCCUUCCUCCUAAAAUUUCUGAAAACCAACGUGAAUUCUGAACACUCAUUCAUCUUGAGGCUGCCCCUUCUCAUCAAUUCCAAGAAGAUAGAAAAGCUUGCUAAACUAGCUACCUAUAUAAACUCCUUUGAAUCAUUGUAGUGAUGUGUGAUUCAUACAUACAAGAAUAUACUAAUCAAUUAUAUAUAUAUACAUCAUCCUCCCGUACAAGAAAUCAAUAAAAGGGAGGAAAUCUAUAUUUCAUCUUUCCUAUUGUUCUAUCAUUAUAAAAAAAAAAAAAAUCUCAAAAAGGAAAAAAAAAAGAAAAAAGAAAAAUGGUAAACGGAAAAAUACUUGUAUCUGGAGUUUCCCUAAUCCUUGUGGUGGGUGUUGCCAUCGGUGUGGUGGUUGUUGUUAAUAGAAAGGACACAUCUGAUCCUGAAGUAGCAGCUCAGCAAAAAUCUGUGAAGGCAAUGUGUGAAGGCACCGAUGACCCUAAACUUUGUCAUGAUACUCUUAGUACCGUGAAAAGCUCGAGUGUCUCAGACCCAAAGGCAUACAUAGCUGCUGGAGUGGAAGCAACGGCGAAGAGUGUGAUCCAAGCGUUGAACAUGAGUGAUAGGCUCAAAGUGGAACAUGGAGACAAAGACCCUGGCAUCAAAAUGGCCCUUGAUGAUUGCAAGGACUUGAUCGAAUUCGCGUUGGACAGCAUCGAGUCCUCGGCUAAUUUGGUUAAUGAACACAACAUUCAAGCUUUGCAUGAUCAAUCUCCUGACCUCAGGAACUGGUUGAGUGCAAUUAUCUCGUACCAGCAAUCUUGCAUGGACGGGUUUAACAACGGGACAAACGGUGAGGAAGAGGUUAAGAAACAAUUGCACACAGAUAGUUUGGACCAAAUGGGGAAGCUCACUGGCAUAGUCCUUGACAUUGUCACUAAUUUAUCCAAAAUCCUUCAGAGUUUUGACCUCAAGUUGGAUUUGAACCCGGCUUCUCGUCGUCUUCUCGAGGUUGAUGCUGAAGGGUUCCCUACGUGGUUCUCUGCUGCAGAUCGCAGGCUACUUGAUAAGAUGAACCAAGGAGAUGCACCCCCACCCAAUGCAGUGGUUGCCCUAGAUGGUAGUGGCCAAUUUAAAUCCGUUAAGCAAGCUAUUGACUCCUACCCUAAGAAUUUCAAAGGCAGAUUCAUUAUUUAUGUUAAAGCUGGUGUUUAUAACGAGUAUAUCCUUAUUCCCAAGAAGUCAGAGAAUAUCAUGAUUUAUGGUGAUGGCCCUACCAAGACCAUUAUUACUGGUAACAAAAACUUUAUAGAUGGCGUCAAGACAAUGCAAACUGCCACCUUCGCCAAUACUGCACCUGGAUUCAUCGCAAAGUCAAUCGCAUUCGAGAACACCGCUGGCGCGAAGAAGCACCAGGCAGUGGCAUUCAGAAACCAGGGAGACAUGUCGGCCAUGUUCGACUGCGCCAUGCACGGUUACCAAGACACAUUGUACGUCCACGCGAACCGUCAAUUCUACCGCAACUGCGAAAUCUCCGGCACCAUAGACUUCAUCUUCGGAGCAUCUGCAACCUUAAUUCAGAACUCAAGAGUCAUAGUAAGGAAGCCAGAAGCAAACCAAUUCAACACAGUGACCGCAGAUGGAACCAAGCAGAAGAACAUGGCCACAGGAAUUGUGCUCCAGAACUGCGAGAUCUUGCCGGAGCAGGCUCUGUUCCCUUCAAGGUUCCAAACGAAAUCGUACUUGGGGAGGCCGUGGAAGGAGUUCGCGAGAACAGUGGUUAUGGAAUCGAACAUUGGCGACUUCAUUCAGCCAGAGGGGUGGACCCCUUGGGAUGGGAACCUGUAUCUUGAUACGUUGUACUAUGCUGAGUAUGCUAACGUUGGACCUGGUUCUAACGUUCAAGGAAGGGUAAAGUGGAGGGGUUACCAUCCCAAUAUUAAUAAGAACGAAGCUGCACAAUUCACUGCUGCCCAAUUCCUCAGAGGUGGACCUGCUGGAGAUGCUGAUGGUUGGUUGAAGGCUACUGGCGUUCCUUAUACUAUUGGUUUCACCAAAUAGGGCAUCAUACUGCAGCCUAAUCUUGGGAAGAUUUUUUUUGUUAUUUUGUGUGCAAAUUAAUGUGUCUAUGUAGAAUAAAUAAAUUAGCUUUGUUUUCAGCACAGUUGUUGUGAUUCUUCUUCCAAGCUAGGGUGGAAUCAUAUCAUAUCUUGUACAAAUUAAACAUGAGAAAACUGUACAGCUAAUACAUGUGAAAUUUUUAUAUUGUUUUUUGAAAAAUGACCUCAUAAGUGUAUUAUGGGGAAUCAAUAUAUGGAUAUUCAUGCAUCUUAAACACCAA